AUGGGUCACACUAUCGCGGGCGAAAAGGUCCAAGCUGUUGAGUCUCAGACAGAUGUGCUCAUCAUCGGCGCAGGGCCGGCCGGCCUAAUGGCGGCAUACUGGAUGGCGGUUUGUGGUGUAAAAGCUCGAAUAAUCGACAAGAGAGGCACAAAAGUCUUCACUGGCCAGGCCGAUGGUUUACGCCCUAGGACCCUGGAGAUAUUCGAUAGCAUGGGGUUCCAGCAUCGUGUUAUCCACGAAGGCCAUGUGGCUGUUGAGGCUAAUUUUUGGGUGCCAGAUGAAGCCGGCAAACUGACCAGACAAGGUCCUCAUUGCAGUUCAAAGAUCAACGAGUCGAAUAAUCACAACAUGCUACUAAACCAAGGACGCAUCGAGAGAUUCCUCAUUGAUACAAUUCGCAAAUACUCAGAUCUUGAAGUGGAGAGGGGAAUCAUCGCCGAGUCUUUUGAAUAUGAUGAGGAAAUUGAAAAGGACCUCGAUGCCUACCCGAUCACAGUUAAGCUUCGCACUUUGAGUGAUGAAGAGGCGAAUCCGGGUCAUAUCUCUACAGAUGGAUCUGGAUCACAGCCGGCCAAUGGACAAGGUAGAGGGAGCUUACUACCUGAUGACUGGGAGGAACUAAUACAGAAAAGUCGACUCCGUCAGACCAAGACAGAUAUCGUGAAAGCAAAAUUCAUUAUCGGCUGUGAUGGCGCUCAUAGUUGGACCCGGAAGCAGGUGAAUAUCCCACUGGAGGGGUCAAGCUCAGAGCACAUAUGGGGAGUCAUUGAUGUUGUCCCUCUCUCCAACUUCCCGGACAUGCGUCGCCUGGGAACAAUAACGCAUUCUUCCGGAACAAUCCUAGUCAUUCCUCGCGAAAGAAGACUGGUUAGACUCUAUGUCCCCGUCCAAAUAGUCGACAGCACCUCAACCAACCGUUUCGACCGCUCAGCAAUAACACUCGAAAUGAUCAAAUCCCGCGUGCAAGCAAUAAUGAGCCCCUACACCUUCGACUUCCAGAUCUGCGACUGGUGGACCGCAUACCAAGUGGGUCAGCGCGUCGCCCCAGCAUUCAACAAGGGAAACCGUAUCUUCCUUGCCGGCGAUGCGGUCCAUACACAUUCACCUAAGGUAGGACUGGGUAUGAAUAUGAGUAUGCAGGACGGGUUCAAUAUUGGAUGGAAGUUAGCCAUGGUUGCAGUCGGUGCGGCGAAUCCUGCUAUCUUGGAUACGUAUAAUGCCGAGCGACAUCCGUUGGCAGAAAUGUUGCUUGAAUUCGAUAGACUCUGGUCGGACGAGUUUACGGAGACAACGGGUGCAGAUGGACCCGCGGCACCUGAUAAGGCGGAUCGAAUGGUUCAUGUCGUGGAGAAAUAUAUGGAUUUCGCGGACGGUUUGAGAACUUAUUACCCUGCUAGUCCGCUUGUUUGGAAAGUCUCGGAGGAGGAAGGUCCUGAGGCUGCGCGGAAUUUGAUUCCUGGAGAACGGAUUUCGCCGAUUAAGUUGCGCAACCAGGCGGAGGGUAAUUCGAGGUGGACGACUAGAUUGCUCGAAAGUGAUGGUUCCUACAGAAUUAUUGUUCUGGCUGGUGAUGUUCGGGUUGAGGAGCAGAAGAAACGGGUGGAGGCUCUUGGUAGGUUCUUGUCGGCAGAGGAUAAGACGAGGGUUUCUCCUUUGCAUCGCUACGUCCCUAUUCCGGGAAGGAAGGAUCAGAUCCAGGUCGUUACUAUACAUAGUGCCCCGUGGAAGGAGGUGGAGUUCUUUGAUUUCCCGGAAAUCUUUCGUCCAUUCGACCCUGUCAUGGGCUGGGGAUACGAUGAUAUUUGGUGUGAUAAUUCUUGUACUUGGGACCCGCACUGUGGAGGUGAGGGGUACGAGAAAUGGGGAGUUGAUAGGACGCGAGGUGCAAUGCUUGUUCUUCGACCGGAUCAGUAUAUUGGGUGGGUGGGUGAGUUGGAGGAGGUGAAGGAUAUGACUGACUACUUAGAUGGUGUGCUUAUCAAGAUGCCAACACCUGAAAUCUAG